GACAACUCCCCCGUGUUCCCGCAGAAGGAGGUGAUUCUGGAGAUACCUGAAACAGCAGCUCCCGGCUCUCGUUUCCACCUUGAAAGCGCUGAGGAUAAAGACGUGGGUUCAAACGGUUUGCAGAAUUACACUCUCUCCCCGAACAUACAUUUCUCCCUAGCUCUAAGAACAGGGAAACAUGGAGACAGAUACGCGGAGCUCGUCCUUGAGAGGGCUUUGGACCGCGAGGAGCAGCAGGAGCUGCAUUUGGUGCUCACGGCUGUGGACGGGGGCUCGCCGCCCAGGUCGGGCACGGCUGAGGUCCGGGUGGUGGUGCUGGAUGCCAACGACAACGUGCCGGUGUUCUCGCGGGAGGUGUACGAGGUGCGCGUGGCCGAGAACAGCCCCCCGGGGCAGCUGGUGGUGCGGGUGUCGGCCGCGGAUCCCGACGAAGGCUCCUACGGAAAAGUGCGGUAUGCGUUUACCUCGGAAGGUUCUCAUGACCUCUUCGAUCUGAACCCUGAGACAGGAGAGAUUCGGGUUUCGGGCAGUCUGGAUUUUGAAGAAGCAAAAACACACAAGCUGGUGGUUAGAGCCACGGACGGCGGCG